AUGUCGGCGGAGAGUUCGUCGUCUUCGUUGUUGGAGAAGCGGCGGGUGAAGGAGCAGGCGGAUGCGUUGGUGCUUGAGGGGGUUGGUGGGAGGGUAGCGGGGAGUGGGAAGAAUGGGUGGAGGGUUGUGCCGGAGAGUGGUGGGAAUGGUGGGAGUGAUGCUGGGUGGAGGACACAGCAGAAUGGGAAUCAACGUUCGUUUAUGAAUUUGCAGGGCGAGCGGGGACAGGUGCCUAUGAGCCCGAGUCCGUGGGAGCUGACGCCGAAGAAGAUGGGUGAUGAUUUGUUUUUGACUGUACGAUAG